CGGGAGCCGGGGUUGGGAACUUUCUUUUUGCCGCCCCUCUUUCACCAGCGCUGCCCCGGUGCGCGAGUGAAGGGAACCGUGGGCUGGAUUUAGAAACUGAGGAACAUACCAAACCCUAGGCAACCUGCAGUAGUGAACUUGCUCCUGCAAGCUCUUACCGUGCGUCUCCUUUCUAGGAAAAAUGAUUUCUGAAAGCAGCUCCUUCGUGAAGGGUGUGGUGCUGGGAGGAGCCUUCUGCAUGUUGGUUACGCUCCUUGGACAUAUUAAGGUGGGCCACGGGACUAAAGCACAUCACCACGAGCACCAUCACAUCCAGGCUCCCAACAAAGAAGACGUCCUAAACCUUUCGGAAGGUGAACGCAUGGAGCUUAGCAAAAGUAUCCGCGUUUAUUGUAUCAUCCUUGUGAAACCGAAAGAUCUGGGGCACUGGGCUGCAGUGAAAGAGACCUGGAGCAAGCACUGCGACAAGGUGGAAUUCUACAGCUCUGAAAACGUCAAAGUGUUUGAUUCUGUAGCCCUCAACACAAACGAUAUGUGGGUGAUGAUGAGAAAAGCUUACAAAAUAACAUACGAACGCUAUAAAGAUGAAUUCAACUGGUUCUUCCUUGCAUAUCCAACUACGUUUGCUAUUAUUGAAAAUCUCAAGUAUUUCUUACUGAAAAAAGACCCCUCGCAGCCUUUUUAUAUAGGCCAUACGGUGAAAUCUGGUGACCUUGAGUAUGUAGUUGGUGAGGGAGGAAUCGUCUUAAGCAUUGAAUCGCUAAGACGACUCUCCCACAUUCUUGAAGACUCUGACAAGUGUCCGGAGCAGGGAGGUAUGAUUUGGAAACUUGCUGAGGAUAAACAGCUGGCAAUCUGCCUGAAGUACACUGGAGUGUUCGCCGAAAACGCGGAAGAUUCAGAAGGAAAAGACGUCUUUAACACUAAAUCAGUCGGUGCUCUCAUUAAGGAAGCAAUGUCUACUCACCCUCAGCAGGUGGUGGACGGCUGCUGCUCUGACAUGGCCAUCACCUUCAGCGGGCUGGCCCCGAACCACAUGCACGUGAUGAUGUACGGGGUUUACAGGCUGAGACCCUAUGGCCACACCUACAACGAUGCACUCGUCUUCCUUCCGCCUGCAGACUCCGACAACGAUUGACAUCUUUUCAGAGAAGACCUGGAGCCACGGAGUCAGCUCUUUUCAUGACAUGCGUUUGUACUGACAGAUUCCAUUUUUGUAUCUGGUGGUACUGGUGUACAGUUUUUUGGUUUGUUUUUUUUUUGCACAUGGAGGUUUGGUAAAGCUCUUGGAUUUUAGAAGUGGAAGGAGAACUUUUUUCUACAUCUUUUAUACAGAAAUGCUUCUGGCUUUUGACAGUGCUGGAAUGAAGUGAUAAAGAAGUUGUUUAUGAGAAAAGGAAAUUAAGUUUAUAUGGGGGGUUUGUACAUGUAAAUAUUUAUUAAUGAAAACUCAAGUGAACUUUAGUCUACUGUUACAAAUAUAUUUUUGCAAUACUUCAAUUCUUUCAAUCCUUCCAGGCAUUUCUAGAAUGUCUUUAUAUCUUUCUAAGAUGUACCAAUAAAACUGACCACAGAUUCAGUCUCAAAGACUAACUUUAAGUUCAUUCCUUUACAUUAGGCUACACAAAAGCUUGAGCUGUGCUGUUUAUGCAGCAGCUAUCACUUUAUGUACAGCCUCCUACCCCAGUAGGGGAUUAGCAGGAAGGAAGCUGAC